AAGAUCGAGCAGCGCCAUUGGAUCGCUCGAGGCUUUGCUUUGCCGUGGUCAGUUUGUUUUCAUCGUGCCACUUUUAGUAGUAAGCAACAAAUAGAUCAACCAUGGUGGCCUCUGGAGUGUUCAUUACGGACAUGCAGGGCAAGUCCAUCAUCAGCCGUAACUAUCGAGGUGACUUUCCCAUUUCCAAGGCAAUCGAACUGUUUUCCAAGUACCUCGAUGAAGUGGACGAGGAAGCCAGAAAGCCAAUCUUUCAUGUAGAUGCCAAUGGAGAUUUUGAAUCCGGCGAUGAAGUUGGCAUGUCAGGGCCAAGUGGCCAGACUUUUGUCUAUGUAGCGCAAAACAAUCUAUACAUGUGUGCAGUGACAACAAGAAAUUCCAAUGUGGCUUUGAUUUUGACCUUCCUUUUUCGCUUGGGCCAGGUCUUUAAGGACUAUUUUGGCUCUUUGGAAGAGGAAUCUAUUCGAGACAAUUUCGUGAUCAUUUAUGAACUCCUCGAUGAGACCAUGGAUCAUGGUUUGCCACAGGCACUUGAUUCCACUAUUCUUCGCUCCUUCAUCACACAAGGUGCCAAUCGCAUGGCAGAAGACUCCAAGUCCAAACCACCAGUCGCGCUCACCAAUGCGGUCUCCUGGAGAGCAGAAGGAAUUAAACACAAAAAGAAUGAAAUCUUUUUGGAUGUUGUGGAAAAACUCAAUUUACUGGUUUCUGCCAAUGGAACUGUGUUGCACUCGGAAAUCAAUGGAGCUGUCAAAAUGAAGUCGUUCCUCUCGGGAAUGCCAGAAUUGAAAUUGGGAUUGAAUGACAAACUCAUGUUCGAGGCCACAGGAAGGUCGAAUCAGGCGCGAGGAAAAUCUGUUGAAUUGGAAGAUAUCAAGUUUCAUCAAUGUGUUCGGUUGGCCAGGUUUGAGAAUGACAGGACCAUUUCAUUCAUUCCACCUGAUGGAGAAUUUGAUCUCAUGACCUACCGGUUGAACACGCACGUCAAACCUUUGAUUUGGGUUGAAGCGGUGGUUGAACCCCACAAGGGAUCACGCAUUGAGUACAUGAUCAAAACCAGAUCCCAGUUCAAAUCCAGGAGUGUGGCCAAUAAUGUGGAAAUUAUCAUCCCUGUCCCGCCUGAUGUUGACAGCCCUUCCUUCAAAUCGAGUGUUGGUUCGGUGACAUACCUCCCUGAUAAGGAUUCCAUUGUUUGGAAUAUCAAGCAGUUCCACGGAGGAAGAGAAUAUCUCAUGCGGGCCCAUUUUGGUCUUCCUUCUAUCACUGCCAGUGAUGUGGACCCAGAUGCCAAAAAGAAGGGAGAAAACUCGUGGAAGGCACCCAUUCGAGUUCAGUUUGAGAUUCCCUACUUCACUGUCAGUGGUAUUCAAGUGCGGUAUCUGAAGAUCAUCGAAAGAAGUGGUUACGCAGCUUUGCCCUGGGUGCGCUACAUCACUGCCAAUGGUGACUAUCAGCUGCGAAUGAGCUAGCUUGGGCAGGUGGAUGAAUUUGUUACACGUGCAAAAUAUUUGGAGUCGAGUCGAGUCAUUGCUUUUGAAACUAGUAAAGAAAACCAGGCUUGGUUUCGUAGCUUCUAGCUAGUUGGCCAGUCAAUUGUUUACGGGCAUGGGCGGCAUUCAAGAGAGGUACGGCGUGGUAGUUAAUUGGGCUGGGUGCUUCCACACAAUGCCUCUACGCCCACGGAUAAUUCUCUAGAGAGACGUCGUAAUACACAAAGAGUCACCUUGUCUACU